CCAGGCAAAAUCAAUGGAUAGGAGGCCAAAAGCAGCCUUUGUGGACAAGUGGCUUCAAGUGCAAUGAAGCUUUUUCUCAGGAGACAUUCUGGGCUCUAUUCUUCACUGUUACUGGCAUUUAUUGCCACUCAAACAAGCUCUGGAAGCCACGAAGGCCUCUUGUUCCUUGUUUCCCCAUGUAGCUACACGGUAUCUUGCCGUCCAAAUCAUGAGUGUGGGUGGAUACCGUAAUGCAAUAAUUACUUGCAGAACUUAGCGCCCUAUAGGGUCUAUAACUUUACUGAGCUGUGUCUAUAAUGAGUCAGUAGUCAGUAUAUUACACUGACAAUGCAAUCAUAAAAAUUCCAUUUAGAUCUACAUUCUGUUCAAGCUUAGGCCUCAAUUGCAAUUACACUUAUUACAGUAUACUGUAAUAAGUGUAAUUGCAAUUGAGGCCUAAGCUUGUUUGUCAUUGUCAUGGGGCCUUUAACUUACAUUAAAACUGUAACUGAUCAGCAUAGGUCCACUAAGCUGCACAAUGUUUUUGGCAAAUUAACUAAGUUACAAUUACAAGCAAAUGCAGUACCUAUUUUUCCAUGUGUGAUCUUUGAUACUAGUACUGUUUCUCUUACAUAUGAAUCUGAUGAUGAUGUUGGGUGGACAAGGAUCAAUGGGACAUUUAGUGGUUCUACUGUUUCCAUUGAGCAAAUUGAUUAUCAUAAAGUCAUGGAUGGUGACAUUAAAAAUUUGAAGCUUUCUGAAAAAAACCUUACUUACCCUCCGCGUAUUAGAGUACAGUUUAUUAGCAGCAAGAUAAUGCCUCCCAAAACUGUGACUGUGAAAUUUGAUGGAGUAAAACUCUUCCCAGGAUCACUUCCUGUUACAGAUACUAUAAUUUUAAGAUCAGAUAAUGUCAUGGAAUCCCCUAUCUCCAUUGCAUCAGAUAUUGACAGUAAUGAUGCAUUUUCUAAAGAUAAUGAUCCAGAUCUGGGUGACAUGCUUCAAAUCAUUACAAUAGAGAAGUGUGUCAAUGACAUCUGGUUCAAUUUUGGUUAUCACAUUGGAAUAUCCGUGCCAGUACUUAAUGGGAUUGAAGCACACUGUACAACUUCUGACCAGUGUACAAGGCAAGUCAUAUUUCAUUGGCGGAGUAAGAAUAAAACAGCAUCAUGGAAACCAUUAGCAGAAGCUCUUGUUAAAGCUGGACUUCCUGAUGUAGCACACAAACUCAGAGAUCGGUUUGUCCUUAGCAAAGCUGAGGCAUCUUCAAGGGAGACUGGUCGAUACUGUUCUUUAUGCAAGAAAAUUCACUUUACAAUAUAUGAUGUACCAGAUGAAAUAUUGAAUAGCCCUCCAAAAAUGAAAGACCUUGUGGAUAUAAUUGCAUCAAAAAUUGAAGAUAAAUAUUUUCUAUUUGGAACAUUAAUUGGACUAAAUUUAUCUGUUUUACGAGCAAUAGAAACAGAGCGUCGUACUUGCAAGGAAAGAUUCAUUGAAGUAUUAAGUAGAUGGAUAAAUGAUGAUCCCAAUAAUGUCACAUGGCGAACAAUAAUACAAAUACUACAAGCAGAUGCUCUCCAAGCUUCAGCAAUUGCUGAUAAAGCUAUUGAACACUUGUGUAACCUUUAGCAUCAUGAAAGUAUGGUUUACUAUAUUUUUCUAUCCUUACCGGUAUAUACUUAUACUUACAGUACCUUAAUUUA